CGUUUACCAGUAGAGUAUCGUAACUUCAUAUUAGUGUUAGGACUAAUUCGUAUACUUAAUAGAUAGAACUAAUAACAAACUGAGAAACUCUCUCAUAUUAUCAUACCACAAAGUAUAUAAAACUUUUGUUGAUUUUAGAUAGAGGUAUCAAACGUUUCGUAUAGAUUUAAGAUACAAAGUAACUGGUAAACUAUUAUUAGUUUUUAGUAAUGGACUCUAACUCUAAGAAAAGCCCAAACAGAAAACUUAGAAGACAGACCAAUCUAGGAGAUGAGAACUACUGGGAUUGUAGUGUCUGCACGUAUCGUAACUCUGCUGAAGCUUUUAAGUGUCUAAUGUGUGAUGUACGAAAAGGAACAUCUACUCGAAAACCACGAAUCAACCCUCAACUAGUUUCUCAGCAGGUUGUCCAACAUUACGCUCAACCCCAAGCUAAACAGAAGAUUCUUGCAAAAUUGGAGAAAAAACUUUCAGAUUCUCCUUCUCUAGAAACUCUACAAAAGAAGCGUCAGAGGCCAAGAUUAAAGAAUGUUGACCGAAGUAAUGCUCAACAAAGAGCAGUAACUGUAAACAAUGUCACCGUGAUAAUCACAGAAUUUCUACCCAAACAUAAAGUGUCAUCGGAUCCUAGUGGAAGAUUGUUGAGCAGUAAUGAUGGUGGUAACCUUUCAGAUUCCACCAAUCACAGUGAUGUUAAAAUUGGGAAAUUCCACUCGUCUAGAUCAGAAUGUGGAUAAUUAUCUAUUUAUAGAAAAUCUUUUAUUUUAUUGUUAUAGUUCAAGUUUUUUAUCUUUAGUCCAUUCAGAAGUGUGUAUGAAAGUGUAUUAUGCAUGCAUACUGUGAGUGUUAAUGUACGUAUUGGUGUUAAUAUUUUAUGUAAUUCAGAAUAUUCCACGUUCCAUAUAAAGUUAUCAGAUUCUUCAUUUUCUCAUCACAAAAUCAUGAUUUUUUUUAUAAACAUAGUAAUUUUAAUGCUAAUGUUUAACACAAUCUGUUUCUGUGUCUCCGAAAACAGUUUUUUUAAUCUCAAUGUCAUGGUGAAUAUUUUUUGUUUUUUUUUACUCUUAUGUUAAUCUGGAGAAUUGUCUGAGAACACUGCCCUUACCAUGCUACCCAUAUUUUCCUACAAUGCCACUUUUAAGACUGAUACUUGAACACCGACAGCACCAUGCUACCCAGUGCUAACAGUUUUUUAAUCUCAAUGUCAUGGUGAACAGUUUUUUUUUACUCUUAUGUUAAUCUGGAGAAUUAUCUGAGAACACUGCCCUUACCAUGCUACCCAUAUUUUCUCAUCCAUAUCAUUUUGAACAUUGUCUGUUCUCUGUCUUUGAUAACGUACUGUUUUACCACUGUUGUUUGUUAAAAUACUAUUUUAAACCUUGUUUUUGUAAGCUACACCUAUUUCAUUUACCCAUGCUUCUUAUAGCUGAUUUUUAAAGAAAGAUAACUUAAUAUCAUCAGGGUUUGAAGUGUUUUUUUUUCAGGUUGUGUAUUGUUCUUUUACCUUUUUAAAUUAUAAUGUUUUCUUAUUCUUGGAUUGAUUCUGUUGGUUCUGCUUGUGUCUUGCAUCAACUAAUAUAGGUGUAUGUAAUUUCAUUUGUAAUUAUAGAAUCUUAGUGA